AUGAGCGUGACGGGCCCAUGCCAGCGGGGCGUGCUGCGGCAUCUGGGCCCCCUGCGCCAGGCAUCCACCGCCAGCCGAUGGCUUCCCGAGGAUGGCCUGACCCUGCAGGACUUUGCCUCCCAGCCCCGGCACCCCGCCGCCCAGCUCGGCGACGCCCCUGCCUCCACCCGGGGCAGCGUGUUCAUGGAGACCUAUGGCUGCCAGAUGAACAGCGCCGACUCGGAGGUGGUGCACAGCAUCCUGGCCAGCGCCGGCUACUCCCGUGCCGACUCCCCGGCCGCCGCCUCGGUGGUGCUGCUCAAUACCUGCGCCAUUCGCGACAACGCGGAGGCCAAGGUCUGGCAGCGCCUGGGCUACUACUCCAACCUGAAGCGCGCUGCACCCCGCGCCUCCCCCGGACCCGUGGUGGGGGUGCUGGGGUGCAUGGCUGAGCGGCUGAAGCACCGCCUGCUGGAGUCGGAGCGCCUGGUCGACAUCGUGGCCGGGCCCGACGCGUACCGCGACUUGCCUCGCCUCAUCGACCUGGUGUCGGGCCGCGGCGCGGGCACCGCCAUCAACGUCCAGCUCAGUGCCGACGAGACCUACGCCGACGUGGCGCCCCUGCGCGCCGGCGGCAGCCACUCCGCCUACCUCUCCAUCAUGCGAGGCUGUAACAACAUGUGCGCCUUCUGCAUCGUGCCCUACGUCCGCGGCCGGGAGCGCUCCAGGCCCCUGGCCAGCAUCCUGGAGGAGGUCCAUCGCCUGUCCGACUCCGGCUUCAAGGAGGUCACGCUGCUGGGCCAGAACGUGAACAGCUACGCCGACUUUUCCGCUGCCGGCGAGGCGGCCCGCGCCACCUUCGGUGCCCCAGACGAGGAAGGCUUCCGCAGCGUGUAUCGCCCCCGCCGCGCCGGCGCGGUGUCCUUUGCGGAGCUGCUGGACCGCGUGGCCGAGAUAGACCCCGAGCUGCGCGUGCGCUUCACCUCGCCCCACCCCAAGGACUUCUCCGACGCCGUCCUGCGCGUGAUCGCGGACCGGCCCAACGUCUGCACCCAGCUGCACAUGCCCGCGCAGAGCGGGUCCAGCGCGGUGCUGGCGGCCAUGCGGCGCGGGUACACGCGCGAGGCCUACGACGCGCUGGUCGACCGCGUCCGCGCCGCGCUCCCCGGUGUGGCGCUCUCCACCGACAUGAUCUCUGGCUUCUGCGGCGAGACGCCUGCCGACCACGCCGCCAGCCUGGAUCUGAUGGUGCGCCAUGCCUUCGACGCCGCCUUCACCUUCGCCUACAGCGACCGCGAGCGCACGCACGCCGCGCGCCACCUGGCUGACGACGUGGCGCCCGCCGAGAAGCUGCGGCGCCUGGGCGAGCUCGUGGCCGCGCACCGCGCAGGGCUGCACCGGCGCGCGGCGGAGGAGCGGGGGCGCACGCACCUGGUGCUGGUGGAGGGCGCGUCGCGCCGCUCGCCGGCGGUGCUGACGGGGCGCACCGACACCUUCAAGCGCGCUCUGUUCGCUGACGUCGCCGUGCCGGGCGGCCUGGCGCCGGGGUCGCGCCCCGUGCGCCUCGCACCGGGCGACUACGCCGCGGUGCGCGUCGUGGCCGCCACGGGCGGCGCGCUGCGGGCCGUGGCGCUGGCGCGCACGACGCUGACCGAGUUCGUCGCUGUGCACGGGUCUGCGCUGCCCCUGGCGCGCGCGGAGCUGACUCCCGCCGAGCUGGCGGCGGCGGCGGAGCUGCUGGCGGCGGGGCGGAGCGAAGAGGAGUCGGGGACCCUGCAGGCCAGCGCGGGGUAG